AUGAAUGAGAAAAGGAUCUUAAAACCUGCUGCAGUUCCAUCUGUAUUUAUUUGGAAGAGAGGAUCCCCAGUAAAGAGGAAGUCGCUGAAGAAAAGAAACCCUAUUGAAAGAAAAACUUCUGUGGAAGGAUCGAAAACAAUGGCUGCCAAGGUGACAAAUGUAAAUUUCAGUUCUACAUGUGAUCUUCUGUCAACUGUUAGCAAAAAAGAAUCCAAAACUGCCAACUCAAAGGGAGAAUUUUCUGCCAGGCGGAGAGUUUUCAGUGUGAACAGAUUUUUGAAAUCUGAUAAAGAUGUCAACUUUUAUACUGGAUUUCCAGGCAGGUUUGUUUUCAAGAAACUGUACAAAUUUUUAUAUCCUGAAACAGAAGGCGAAAACAUCAAUUACUGGCAUUCCACCAGGUCUUAUCAGUUAGCUCACUGGAAGAUCCAAGUCAGUUGUAGUUACACUAUACCAAGACCAAGAAUCUUGGGGCCAAAGGAUGAAUUUUUCCUCACAAUCUGCCGACUAAGGCAAGGGUUCAAAGAAGAACAUCUAGGCCACCUUUAUGGUGUAUCCCAGACUAUUGUCAGUUGCAUAAUAAUUUCAUGGAUCAAAUUUAUGUUCUUGAAAUUCAGUACCAUUCCAAUGUGGCCAUCAAGAACCACAGUUGAUGAUCACAUGCCAGCAGAUUUUAAAGAAAAAUAUCCCUCCACAAGGGUUAUUAUUGAUUGCAGAGGUUUGCUGUCAGAUGUCAGAGUCCUUGUGUAA